AUGGCGAUUGACCAAGACGGUGAUUCCACAAUGACUUCUUCAGUCGAAUCCAUUCGCCCAGACGAAAGUGCCAGGGCCGGCGCUCGCACUCCCACCGGCACCGACGACCCUUCCUCCCCCGGUCUCAACAGAUCAGAACUCUCCCCUCCAGGCUCCCAGGCCCAGGGCCCAGGCACAUCUGUCGCAGAACAGCGGACGUUGGAGAGUCGACCAGGACCAGCGGCGGAACCUGUGGCAUCGUGGAAUACCAAGCGUGCACAGGAAGACUAUCAGCGCGCUAUGGAAUUUGUCGUGGACAGGGAUUUCAGCCUACGUAUGUCACCAUGUUUGGGGGUGGGCUUUACAGAUGAUCUGAAUACUAACUGA